AUGUCAACUCAGCACUCAGAGCCGGCUGGGCUCGCCAACCUUCCCUGUCAGAUUCACCUAGAGAUAUUCUCAUACCUCUGCCCGAUGGGAGGAACUCGUGGCCUCGUCACCACCUGCAAAAGUCUCUACAACAACUUGAUCAUCGAAUUCUACAAGGAAUCUGGCCCGCAGCUCAACUGGCUUCCUCUUCUCGUCGGAAUUAGCCAGGGCAACAUCGACAUCCUCGAUAAGUGCCGACAGGCUGGGGCGUCGCUCAACCACCGCUGGCCGUAUCUGGGCGAAUUUGGAAGGGCAAGUGAUCCUAACCUUUUCCUAUGUUGCCAGCCCCUUGAUCUGGCGACAUGGUAUGGCCAGGACAAUGCCCUGAAAUGGCUUACUGAAAAGCGAGCUGUCGCUACAGAUGUAGACAGACCUCAAUUCAUUGAGGGGAAAACGACCAACCAUUUCGUUUCCGAUGCCGCGACCGCUGAAGGGAGAUGGAAACCUGUCAUGUAUCAACAAGAGGCUGUGUCACAGGAGACAUAUCCCUACAUUCCGCAUCCUCAUUUUGUCUGGUAUAGUCAUGAGUUAAAGCACACGGACAUCCUCCCUAGGCUACUGCGCCUCUACAGCAUCCAUUACGGGAAUUGCGUCGAAUGUGACAAAUUUGACGAAUACAUCGAUUUAAUUGAUGCCGAAAGUGCAAUCCUCUUGUGCACCUGGAUAAUUUGGAUCGGGCUAGACAUGCUCCUCUGCGCCUCAGACCCGACUACCAUCCUAGAGUCAGCCUUUGCCGAGGAAUUCUACAUUGGCUGUCUAAGGAUAGAGAAAGCGGACUCAGUAGCGGAUCUUUUCCGUCUCGAGUUUUCUGCUGAUAUGUUUGAGCCAAAGUCAUUGCUCACCUCUGUCACACCACUGAGCGUUCAUCCUUUCCCCAAACACCUCUCACUCAGGGCCCCAGAAGCCUUCGGUCAUCUCCUUGACUUAGGUGCUGAAGGUGACUUCGUAUCUCAGGUCUACUUCCUCGUCCUAAUCUACCUCAUGCGUUUUGAAUCAAGCCGCCUGGACAUCUUCCCGACCUUUGAGCUCUAUCCAAUACUCACUGACGCCUUGAUCAAACGUGAUGCAAGUACAUACGAAGAUCGCUUUUAUGUUCUUGAAAACAUCCAUGGAACUCUCCAAAAUCGGAAUGAUUGGAAGACCAACUUGACCAAGAUGGUGCUUAAGGCGCACGACUCCGGGGUCAGCCUGUCUGAUGUGGCAAACGCCUUUGGCAUCCGUGAUGAAUUUCAUUUUUCCUCCAGGGAAGAAAUCGAUAUAGAAAGUCUGCUUCCAGUUUCUCAAGCCGUUCUGCCAAUACUUCAGGCGAUCCGGGAUGGAAAGCUUUAA